GGCCCGCCCAUCCGGCGCUGAGGCUGGGAAUCAAGGCUCUUACUGCUCCGUUAGAGGAAGACGACUCUGCUGUCAGAGAAAAAGCGAUCUGCUGCUGCUGCUGCUGUUCCCGCUGCCGUUUUUGAGAGAAGCCUGGAUCAGUUUUUUUUUUUUUUUUGUGGGAUAAUUUAAUCCUCUGCAUCUCCCCACACCUGCUGGCCUGUACAGGGAAACCCUCGCGGAGUCUUGACGGCAGCCUCGCUCUUCUGCUUCCCCAUGCUCCUGGCGACGGAGCGCAGGGCCCGGCGAGCAACCGCAGCCCGUUGCCCGGAGACGCCCGUGUCCUAAAAGGGGAUGGCCCUGAAGAGACGGCUGCUGGUUGCCGUGAGCGUCGCCUGCCUCCUGGUCGUCUACAUGCUGUAUGUGAAGAUGCAGUGGCCUCCUUCCUUAUACCUGCUCGAUAUCAGGAAAGCCCAGGAUGUGGCAUCGAGGCCAAACAGCAUCGCCGAGGAUUCUUCGCCCAGAGACGGCGACCUCAGCCAGCAGGACGGGACCUCCACCCCUCCUAACCCCACGGCAGCCAAAAAGACCGCAGCUUUAAAGACUCAACCAGUCACCAACCCACCAAAACCAGCAGAAAACCAAAUCCUAAAUGCCUCCAGUUCCAAGUCUGAAGGAGAGGACAAAGCCAAGAAAAGCACCAAGGCCCCUCCGGUGAAGCCCACUAAACCACCGGGCCCCACGGAUCCCCCCUACAUCGGAGACUCUUACAUGACUGAGGAGUUCCCUUCACAAACGAACUGCUUAGACGGGAUCCGAAAUCGGAUAAAGGAGUCUGAGUUUGGAAGCCGAUUCCUGGAGCGUAUUCCUGUCCUGCAGUGGGCCCGGCAUGCGACUGAGGAACAGCACCAGCGUCUGAAGCAGUACCCAGGAACACAUGGCUGGGGAGGCGUCGACUACGACACUCUGAAGGAUACUCUGUCUGUGCUGAACUCCUCUGCAAACUGGAGGAUGUUGGAUGACUGGGAAACUCGCAAAAAUAAAUCGGAGUGCAGCCGCUGUGCCGUGGUGGGAAACGGUGGCAUCCUGAACGGCUCGAAAAAAGGGAAGGAGAUCGACGGCCAUCAUUAUGUCUUCAGGACCAACGGAGCUGUCAUUCAAGGCUUCGAGGAGGAUGUGGGGUCUCGGACCACCCACUACACCUUCUCCACCAACACACUGAUGAACUCCAUGAGGAGCUACGGCAGCGCCGGCUACCACGGGCCGCCUGUGUCUCCGGAGACGCGAUACGUCUUCCUGCCCGAUCACGACCGCGAUUACCUGCUGAUGAAGGCCGCGGCCACGCACACGCCUGUGGAGAGGGGACCUGAGCGAGGCAAAGACCCAACAAGAUACUUUGGGAAAGAUGUCUCAGCAGAAAAGCUGAAGAUGUACCACCCAGAUUUCAUUCGUUACCUCAGAAACAGAUUUCUUCGCUCUAACAUCCUGAAAGGCAGGUACAAGGACAUCUACCGUCCAUCGACGGGUGCUGCGAUGCUGUUGGCGGCGCUGCACACCUGCGACCAGGUGAGCGCAUACGGCUUCAUGACGCCAGACUACCAGAAAUACUCGGACCACUACUACGACAAAAGCUAUCACAAGGUGGCCUUCUACGCCAACCAUGACAUGCGUAUGGAGAUGGUUGUGUGGCAGCACCUGCACGAUGCGGGCCUCAUUACACUGUACAUGCGGCAGUAGAUGAGCCGUCGCACAACCUGUAAAGGAGAUCAGCGUGAUGCAAGCUUUCCUUUUGAUGAAGAACUGUAGAUGGUUUCUUCCUAGUUGGCUGGUUUGGCUGUUCCUGGAAAAGAUGAGAUUCCAGGUCUUACCAAAACCCCCUUAAGACCAACAUGAUGGCCUCAGUUAUAACAUAAAUCCACUGGAAAAGCUCCUGAAGUUUGAAGUCUUUGAAAUUUGCUGCUUAAACACUACCGACCUCAGAAUUCAGCGUCCUGCUUUGUGUAUGAAGGAUUGAUCGUCCCAGUAAUAAAGCCGUCUAUUUAUAGGUGAAAGUGCGUCGUUAUAAUUACACAUAAUCUGAUUAACAGUUUUGAAGCCAAUUAUUGAUCUCCAGUUUUUGAAAAGCUUUAACUUUCUGAUACAUGUCAGCGUGUUCUGACUCCUCAUCACAGCCUUAGCCUUCCUGCCAUGAACGUUUAAUAGUUAUUUCUAUCACAGUCAAAGGCAACGUCACAUUGUGUGAGUGGUUAUACCAUUUUUGUUUUAAAAAAAGAAAAUGAUUUUGUGUUUACAGUUUGAAUUGUCUUCAGAAUCCCGUAUUAAUGCAGUUGGCAUUACUAAAACCAGCUGCUGUACUUUGUUCAGCCUUACUAUUACCCACCUGAAGUUUUGCUCUCUCUCAUGAAUCCUCAAAUCUUUCCAAGUGGUUGAAAAUGAUCAUUUAAGUGAUUUUUCACAUCUGUGAUUACACUUAGUACAUUUUAGAUACCUCGCUUACACUGAAAAUGACCAACCUUCAGUCAUCUUUACUCAUUUUAAAGCAUCAACAUCCUGUGUUGUUGUUCGGGAACCUGGUAGCGCUAUGGAAAGUCCGCCGAUCGUGAUUUGUGUUUUGUUUUUGUUUGUUUUUUUUUUGUUGUUUUUUUUGGGUGGGGGGUUGGAUCUCUAAUUAUGAUGUUUCUGAGCAUAAAAACAACCUUAGACGUUGUCGCCUUGCAAUGCUAACAAUAGCCUGGCUAGCGUCUAAAUUAUAAUUUAUUCAUAGCUAACCGUAGCAUACUGAACAUCAGUAGUUCUGUUGUGUCAUUCUGAAGGCUAAAUCUUAACUUCUGAGCUGUGACCGCUAGCAUGCUAACUUUAGCACAGUGGUCUCAAACUCAAGUCCUUGAGGGCCGCGUCCUACACACCUGAAUCAAAUAGCCAAAACUACCUCACUAGCACGCAGUGGAGCGCUGCCAGUGAGUUAAAAAUUGACUCGGGUGUGUUGAAGCAGCGAUGCAUCUUAAAGUCUGGAGACUGGAGUUUGAGACCACUGCGCUAGCAGGUGGCUCAGAUUGCUCUGUUUUAUCACAAAUGAACAGCAUUAAACUCCUCAUUUCAGCGUCAUUGUUGUUCGCAGAGUAUUGGCAGGACUUGAAAAUGUUCUGUGUGUGAUUAUAAAAGUGGUGAAGAUAGACGGCUGAAUAAAACAAAUUUGUUUUAAGUAUGUUCGAAAACCUACAGUCGGAUUAAAAAACUUUUUUGACGACCCAUCUACCUAUGAAGGAAAUGUUCCUUUGAUGUUUGGAGAAAACGAUUCAGUCUUCUGUGAUAUGUAGGUGAAUCAGUGGUAUAAAAUAUGAGUAUGCUUUAUUUAAGCAGUGAUUUCUAAGGAUCAGAGACUAAAAUCUAUAGACGGGUAAUCUUUUCCAGGUCAAAAAGAUUUUAUCUCCAAAACCCAGUAGACGAUGUUGACCUUUUCCCUCUUCUUGAAGAGCGAUUAACAAUAAUCUCUACAAUAAAAAGCUGUGUGCAUGAAGAGUCUCUAAGGAAACCUGCGUUUGGUUUCCACAACACCAAAGAUCAGCUUCUUGAAAAAGCGAGGACUUAAAUGUAAAAAGUGUGGCAGUUCCUGAAGUGAUGGCAGGAAAGUUUGCACCAGAUGCAAUUCUUCAAAGCAAGAUUGUUUAGCUGUUACCUGAAAGGUUUAACUUAAGGUAUUCAAAAAGGACUGAUGUAAAGGUUUUUCACUUAAUGGAACACCAGGGACCGUAAAGUUGCCCUGUCACCAAAGAUCUGCCACGUUGUUCAACCUUUCAAACCUCAAAUCACAGAAAAUAUGUCGCCUUGAGGACUUUAGGGUGUGUCGCAAAAUACCUGCAAUAAAGUUUUAUGGGAGGCUGUGCUGAUAAGAUCAGACUACGUUUUACUGUGGAAUGCCACGAACUGCGACUUUAUAACUUUAAUUUACUGUGUAAUAAUGUUUAUAUAUUUAUAUUUGAAUUGUGAUGUCAAAGAAGUUGCCACAGUGUGAUUUUUAAACACAGUGGCUCUCUGUGCCUUGAAUGUGAAUGAGCAUUUUUUUUUUUUCUUAUGAGGCGAUCUUUGAGUGUUUUCUACAGAAACGGGAAAAUCAGCGAGCUGUUGGUGUCGGGCUUAUUUUUUUAAGACAUUAAAGCAUUCACAUUAUGGGACCUGGUUGUUCACAUUUAUACUCCUGACAAGAGUCACACGCCAGCCUGUUUACUUUGUCAUUCAGGAUGACUCAACACAGACUAAUUUUUCCUACAUUUGUGAAACACUGGUUUUCGAAUGGAGGAAAAAUUAAAGAACUAAAAGACAGAUCAGGGAGAUUCGUCUGUAUUUAGGUUUUAUUCAAAUAAAAUGGUUUACUUUUUGAAGCCUUUUUUUUUUUGGCUUUCUUUCUACAGACUAUGUAGCUGUGUGAAGCGACUUUUUCAGUGCAAUUUUGGGCUUUAUUUUGAAACUCCAUAAAAGGACUGUUUUUUUAUUUUUUUUAACUUUUGGACUAAAUGACUGUUUUACUGUAACCUUUUGUACAUUUUAUACCUAUUCCAUAGGUUUGUGGUGUUUUUUUUCUCAAAGAAAAUGUGUGGAAACCUUCCUGCAAUAUAUUUAAGUUUAAUAAAAAGUAAAAGCAAGUUGAGUCA